AUGAACGACUUCAAAAUCCCAGUAGAGGUUGAUCCGACAGAAGAUACAGAGUGGAAUGAUAUCUUAAGAAGUAAGGGUAUUAUCCCUGAAAGGCCACCUUCACCUACAGAAGAAUUGGAAGCUGCUUUAGAAGAAGCUGUCAAGAAGCAGCAUGAGAACAGAUUAGAGAGCAAAGACAUGGAUGAUUUGGACGAGUUGGAAGACGAUGAAGAUGAGGAGUUCUUGAAUUUUUAUAAAAACAAAAGAAUGGAAGAGAUCAAAAAAUUAAGCGAAAAGCAGAAGUUUGGAUCGGUCUUUCCAAUAGCCAAAAAUGAAUACGAACAGGAGGUGACACUUGCGUCUGCUGAAUGCUUUGUACUCUUACACAUGUCGUUACAAUCGAGUCUUCAGAGCAGACUCUUGUCAUCUUUGUUGACAUCGUUGGCUGUUAAGUUCCCCGAGAUUAAAUUCUGUGAUAUUCCUGCUACAAGAUGUAUUGAAAACUACCCCGAGUCCAAUUGUCCUACCUUAAUCAUCUAUCACAAUAAAGAUGUGAUCAAGCAAUACGUGACGUUGACCCAAUUGGGUGGUAACGAUACAAAAAUAGGAGAUUUGGAACGGGUUUUAGUGGAUAUAAAUGCUGCAGAUAUCAACGAUAAGAGAUUAUUAAUAAACCAGGAAGAUGAGGAUAUUGAAGAAGAUAAAAGGUUAAGAUUCAUGAAAAAAUCCGUAAGAAGUGGUGGAGCUGCAGUGGACGAUGAUGAUGACGAUUUUUAUGAUUAG